AGAAAGCUGCCACCCCUUCAGCCAAAGGAAAGGGAUCUGGGACUUCGAAGCUCACUUCUUUGAGUGACAAGGUAUCUUCUGAGGACUCACCCUUGAAGGCUGCUAGCAUUAUCCCCAUUGUGGAGAGUCAUAACUCCAGUCCAGACAACAUUCCGACCAAGGUAUUUUGGGUUUCACAAUUUAACCAUUUCUUUACACUCUAAUUCUAAUGAUUAAAUUCAUAUUUUACCUUGUAAAUGUAGGAUGAUGCUGGUACCGCUACUUCUGAUCUCAAAGCCUCAAGUUUACAUAUUGACCUUGACAAACUUCGAGGUGUUUCUCAACACGAAUCUCAUGUGCUUUCUCCCGUUCUCGAAGACACUCAACCUCUUGCAACCAUCAUUCCGACUGCGUCUGCUGAAGAAAGCCAUUCAAAUGAUGAGUCUCCACCCAUUCAUCAAGAUGAAACUAUGGAGGAAAAUCUGCAAUGUUCGAAUAGUAUUAACGCGGCUGGACAACCAACUGGCAGCGAAGACACUAUAUCUGAACAAGAUGCUGCAGAAGAAACUUCCAAACUGCCUACACCUGGUUCUGAUGAAACUUCGAACCUUGGGACUACAGUCACUCCUGUUACUACUUCAAAGCAAGCCCCUGCGAUGCCUACUCCCUCAGAACUAGAGCAACUCAAGAAAACUGAUCCUGUGAGCUUCCUCAAGACCAUGAUGAGUAUUGAUAGCGCUUCGUUCCUUGGAACUCCUUCGACUGUCUUGGCGGGUGCUGGUGAAAAGGAUGAUAUUUCUAAACUCCUUCAUCAGAUAAGAGAGAGGUUCUUUGAAACCAACCUCGUCGAAGCUCUCAGCAGUGAUUCCACCAAAUAUUAUGGUCUAAACAACCUUCUGAAGAAAGUGGACUUACUUCUUGUUCUAGUGGAAGUCUCAGAAGUAAUUGUUUUAUUGAGUUCUCUGAUUGAACAACUCCAAUCUAAUCUCCUUCGAAAACGGGAUAUUGACGGACAACUCACAGCAAAAAUGACUUCUCACAGUUCUUCAUGGGAAGCUGCUAACAAUGCAACGAAGAAGGCUGACACCCUUAAGCUCGAGUGUUCGAAGAACCAGCGAGAAUAUGAAGAAUGUGAGGCGAAUAUCAAAGCCUGGAAACAAGAAAUUGAGAAACUCAAAGGGAAGAUAAAGGAUGCCCAGUCUCGUCAGGUAAAAAUCCAAAAAACCAAUCAAGAUGAAUUAACUGAAGUGGCGCAGUCGGGGAUUCGACACUUCGAAACGGCACAGAAGCUAGUGCCAGAGAUCGAAGAACUGAAAAGACAACAGGCAUUGAUCGAACGUCAUAUGUCCUUAUGGGAGUCCCAAUACUCGAAGAUAAAAGAUAAUCUUCCCAGGGAUUUUAAUUAGUUGCUUCGAACCUUGUACUCCCUUUUGUGCUAC